GCAAGCAUGGGACCAGUGCCCACCACGUCGCCCGUCACGGGCAAGCCUGUGCCCGCCCACUGGGUCCACAGCUCGUCGGCCCACUUCCGCCUCACCGACGGCCGCACUCUGCUCCUGCGCGGCAUCAACCUCUCGUCGUCGGCCAAGACCCCGCGCGGCCAGCCCGGGUACCAGCUCGACGGCUUCUGGGAGGGCGCAAGGGAGGAGCGCGACGUCAGCUUUGUCGGCCGCAUCCUCGAACUCGACGAGGCCGAUGAGCAUCUCGAGCGCCUCAAACGGUGGGGCUUCAACUGCCUGCGCAUCGUCACGACCUGGGAGGCCAUCGAGCAUGCCGGACCCGGCAAGUACGACCAGGCCUACCUCGACUACGUCGUCGAGCUCCUCCGCAAGUGCAAGCAGUUCGGCUUCCGCUGCUACAUCGACCCGCAUCAAGAUCUUUGGUCGCGCUUCUCGGGCGGGUCCGGUGCGCCGUACUGGACGCUCCUCGCGUGCGGCCUCGAGCCGCAGAACUUUACCCGUACCCGCGCCGCCGUCAUCGAGUCCGAGUGGCCCGACGCCGCCUCGCCCGACCCGGCCGCGUUCCCGCCCAUGAUCUGGGCGACCAACUACCAGCGCCUCGCGUGCUCGACCAUCUUCACCAUGUUCUUCGCCGGGCGCGACUAUGCGCCCAAGUGCAUCAUCGACGGCAUCAACGUCCAGGACUUCCUCCAGUCGCACUACCUCGCGGCCAUGCGCCAGCUCGGCGAGGCCAUCUCGGCGGCGGGCGACCUCCUCGACGAGUGCGUCAUCGGCUGGGACUCGCUCAACGAGCCGAACCCGGGCUUCCUCGGCACGGCCGACCUCGACAAGCACAGCAAGGAGAGCGUCCUGCGCGUCGGCCCGACCCCGACCGGCUUCGAGGCGCUGCGCCUCGGCAUGGGCGACAAGCUCACGGUCGAGAACUGGAAGUCGGGCCCGCUCGGCCCGGCUCGCGACGGGAGCGUCACGGUCGACCCGCAGGGCACGGUCGCGUGGCUGUCGCCCGACGCCGAGCCCGACGGCAAGUCGCCCUGGGGGUGGACGCGCGACCCGGGCUGGAAGCUCGGGACGUGCAUCUGGGCGCAGCACGGCGUCUGGGACGUCGAGUCGAGGACGCUCCUCCGUCCCGGCUACUUUGACGAGUGCCACGGCGCCGUCGCCGCCGCGUCGGGCCCCGAGCGCGAGGUCGACUUUGGCGCCGACUACUGGCUUCCGCAUUGGCGCUCGUACGCCCGCAUGGUCCGCGAGGUGCACCCCGAGGCGAUCCACUUCAUCCACAGCCCCGUCUUCCAGAUCCCGCCGACCAUUGCCGGGCCCGAGGUCGGCAACCGGGCGGCCCACUCGUCGCACUUCUACGACGGCCUGACGCUCGUCACCAAGCACUGGAACUGGUUCAACGCCGACGCGAUCGGCAUCCUUCGAGGCAAGUACGCGUCGAUCGUCCUCGGCGUCAAGGUCGGCGAGUCGGCCAUCCGGCGGUGCAUGCGCAGCCAGCUCGGCGUCCUGCGGCAAGACUGCUUCGACAAGCUCGGCCAGUACCCGACCAUGAUGGGCGAGAUCGGCAUCCCGUACGACCUCGACAAGAAGAAGGCGUACGAGGACGGCAACUACGCGACGCAGGUCCGAGCGCUCGACGCGAGCCUGAACGCGUGCGACGGCGCCAACGUCCUCAACUACACCGUGUGGUGCUACUGCCCCGACAACUCGCACAAGUGGGGCGACAAGUGGAACGGCGAGGACCUGAGCGUGUGGAGCCCGGACGACGCCGUCCAGAUGGCGUCCUCGCAGACGACGGCGGCUCGUCGUGCGCGCCAGCUCGGCAACGUCAACCACGACCAGGUCAAGGGCAUCCACGCCAAGGGCUCGACCUCUUCGUCGACGUCCGAGGGCGACUCGGGCACCGUCACGCCUGUCGACGACCCGCUCCACCCGAUCAACCUCAACGACGGCGCGCGCGCCCUCCCCGCCUUCGUCCGCCCGUUCCCGGUCAAGACGGUCGGCACGCCGACGUCGAUCGACUUCGAGAUCAAGUCGUCCAAGUUCAAGCUCGAGGUGCGCGUCGACGCCGACGACGUCGCCGACCCGGACCUCGCGACCGAGAUCUACAUCCCGCUCGCCCAGUACGCCGCGCACCCGCAGAAGGUCAGCUACCACGUCCGAGCGGCGGCCAAGAUGCACCACCCGGGCAGCAAGAUCAAGCACCCCAAGUCGGGCGACGUCCAGCUCGCGCUCGACGGCGAGGGCGAGGUCGACGGGUCCGAGGGCGAGCAGGACGGCGCGCCGCACGACCUCGCGCUCAAGGUCAAGCUGUCGACCGGUCGGUACGAGCUCGACCACGAGAACCAGACGCUCAAGUGGUACUACCCGCGCCCGACGUCGGGCAGCGUCGUCGUCAAGCUCGAGCUCGAGCGGGUCGGUGGCGCCGUUCCGCUGUGGAAGGCCCAGUGGCUCAGGAGCGGCUGGGAGCGCAUGGAGGAGAAGAACUGGCAGGGCAACACGUGUGCGCUUCUCGGCGUCUCGCUCCUCGGCGCAGCCGGCGUCGCGACGGCUUUCAUGCGCAGCUGAGCGCGCUAUCAUGGAGCCUUUGUACUCGUGCCUUGUCUAUAGCUUUCUCGUCGUGCAGUGCAGUCCUCCCUCUUCGCGCCUC